CUCCCGUUGCCGCUGGUAUCCAGGGAACCUUCCUCCUUCUCCAGGAGAUACACGCUGGUUGUUGCUAAGGUCGCUUCCACGGUAACAUGCACAUCCUGUUUAUACCUUUAUCUGGAGAAGUUGGGCUCCACUAGUCACGCCGCCGGCUUCACCUGGGAAGCGGUAGAAGGAAGCACCUGCUUCCUCUUCCCCGUCUCCGGCACCUCCACUAGGAUUCUCUUCUCUCUGCGGAGGCCUUGCCAUCCAGUCCCCUACGGGGCCGUGGAGCUAAGGCUGCAACUGGGAGUUGCCACGGACCGUCUGUGUCCCCCGUGGGACUUUCAGGGGCGGGAGGUGGUCCAAUAGGAGCCGGCGGGUGGUUGUUUUUUUUCCCGUACACGUCUGCUGCGACACCCGCUGCUCUGGCAACAUGACGAACAACGCAGCCGACCACCAUCCCGGGAACUCGGUCACCGAGGGCAGCCAUGAGGGGGAUUUUGGCUGCUCCCUGGUUGACCUGCGGACCCUCAUGGAGCUUCGGAGCACCGAGGCGGUCACCAGGAUCAAUGACACGUACGGGGGCGUGCAGAACAUCUGCAAGAGGCUGAAGACAUCGCCAGUGGAAGGCUUGUCUGGGAACCCCGCGGAUCUGGAGAAGCGGAGGCAGGUCUUCGGCCAGAACUUCAUCCCGCCUAAAAAGGCCAAGACCUUCCUGCAGUUAGUCUGGGAGGCGCUUCAGGACGUCACGCUGAUCAUCUUGGAAAUCGCAGCCAUCAUCUCCCUGGGCCUGUCGUUCUAUCACCCGCCAGGCGGCGACAACGAAUUGUGCGGCCAAACCACGGCGGGCGCGGAGGACGAGGGGGAGGCGCAGGCCGGCUGGAUCGAGGGGGCAGCCAUUCUCUUCUCGGUGAUCAUCGUGGUGCUGGUGACGGCCUUCAACGACUGGAGCAAAGAGAAGCAGUUUCGGGGCCUCCAGAGCCGCAUCGAGCAGGAGCAGAAGUUCACGGUCAUCCGCAAGGGGCAGGUGAUCCAGAUCCCCGUGGCCGAGAUCGUGGUGGGCGACAUCGCGCAGAUCAAAUACGGUGAUCUGCUGCCCUCGGAUGGGAUCCUGAUCCAAGGUAACGAUCUGAAGAUCGACGAGAGCUCUCUGACCGGGGAGUCAGACCAGGUCAAGAAAUCCCUGGAGAAAGACCCCAUGCUGCUAUCAGGUACCCAUGUGAUGGAGGGCUCCGGACGCAUGCUAGUGACAGCCGUGGGCAUCAACUCGCAAACAGGAAUCAUCUUCACUCUUCUGGGGGCGGGAGAAGGUGACGAGGAGAAAAAAGUGAAGAAAGGUAAAAAAGCAGGAGCCCCUGAAAAUCGCAACAAAGCUAAAACUCAGGAUGGCGUGGCCCUGGAGAUCCAGCCCCUGAAGAGCCAGGAAGGGGUGGAGAAUGAGGAGAAGAAGAAGGUGAAGGUCCCAAAGAAGGAGAAAUCGGUGCUGCAGGGGAAGCUGACCCGCCUGGCUGUGCAGAUUGGGAAGGCAGGGUUGAUCAUGUCGGCCAUCACGGUCAUCAUCCUGGUGCUGUACUUUGUGAUCGACACCUUCGGGGUGCAGCGCCGAUCCUGGCUGGCGGAGUGCACCCCCAUCUACAUCCAGUACUUCGUCAAGUUCUUCAUCAUCGGCGUCACCGUGCUGGUGGUGGCCGUGCCGGAGGGCUUGCCGCUGGCUGUCACCAUCUCCUUGGCCUACUCCGUCAAGAAAAUGAUGAAGGACAACAACCUGGUGAGGCACCUGGAUGCCUGCGAGACCAUGGGCAACGCUACGGCCAUCUGCUCGGACAAGACGGGCACGCUCACCAUGAACCGCAUGACCGUGGUGCAGGCCUACAUGGGCGACACCCACUACCGGCAGAUCCCCGACCCCGAAGCCAUCCUGCCCAAGGUCUUGAACCUCAUUGUCAACAGCGUCGCCAUCAACUCUGCCUACACGUCGAAGAUCCUGCCCCCAGAAAAGGAAGGGGGCCUCCCACGGCAAGUGGGGAACAAGACGGAGUGCGCCCUGCUGGGCUUCGUCCUGGAUUUGAAGCAAGACUACCAGGCGGUGCGGAACGAGGUGCCCGAGGAGAAGCUCUACAAGGUCUACACCUUCAACUCGGUGCGCAAAUCCAUGAGCACGGUGCUGCAGAACCCGGACGGCAGCUUCCGCAUGUACAGCAAGGGGGCCUCCGAGAUCAUCCUACGCAAGUGCACAAAGAUCCUGGACAAGAAUGGGGACCUGCGGGCGUUCAAGGUGAAGGACCGGGACGAGAUGGUAAAGAAGGUGAUUGAACCGAUGGCCUGCCAAGGACUGCGCACCAUCUGCCUGGCCUUCCGCGACUUCCCCGCUGACGCCGAGCCCGACUGGGACAGCGAGAACGAGAUCCUGUCUGACCUGACCUGUAUCACCGUGGUCGGCAUAGAGGAUCCUGUCCGGCCAGAGGUGCCCGAGGCUAUCACGAAGUGCCAGCGUGCCGGCAUCACCGUCCGCAUGGUGACAGGUGACAACAUCAACACCGCCCGCGCCAUCGCGACCAAGUGCGGCAUCCUGCUGCCUGGGGAAGACUUCCUGUGCCUGGAGGGCAAGGAGUUCAACCGGCUCAUCCGGAACGAGAAGGGGGAGGUGGAGCAAGAGCAGCUGGAUAAAAUCUGGCCCAAGCUGCGAGUCCUGGCCCGUUCCUCCCCCACGGAUAAGCAUACCCUUGUGAAAGGAAUUAUUGACAGCACCGUUGGAGAGCAGAGGCAGGUGGUGGCUGUGACUGGGGACGGAACCAAUGAUGGCCCAGCCUUGAAGAAAGCUGAUGUCGGAUUCGCUAUGGGCAUCGCGGGCACCGACGUGGCUAAAGAGGCUUCCGACAUCAUCCUGACGGACGACAACUUCACCAGCAUCGUCAAGGCAGUGAUGUGGGGCCGCAACGUCUAUGACAGCAUCUCCAAGUUCCUGCAGUUCCAGCUGACCGUCAACGUGGUGGCCGUCAUCGUGGCUUUCACAGGAGCCUGCAUCACACAGGACUCUCCUCUGAAGGCCGUCCAGAUGCUGUGGGUGAACUUGAUCAUGGACACCUUUGCCUCCUUAGCCCUGGCCACUGAGCCCCCCUCGGAGUCCUUGCUGCUGCGCCGGCCGUACGGCCGCAACAAGCCCCUCAUCUCCCGCACCAUGAUGAAGAACAUUCUUGGGCACGCGGUGUACCAGCUCACCAUCAUCUUCACACUGCUCUUUGCAGGCGAGAAGUUCUUUGACAUCGACAGCGGCCGGAACACGCCGCUCCACUCCCCGCCCUCCGAGCACUACACCAUCGUCUUCAACACCUUCGUCAUGAUGCAGCUGUUCAACGAGAUCAACGCGCGCAAGAUCCACGGCGAGCGGAACGUCUUCGAGUCCAUCUUCCGGAAUCCCAUCUUCUGCACCGUGGUGCUGGGCACCUUCGCCUCGCAGAUCCUCAUUGUGGAGUUUGGUGGGAAGCCAUUCAGCUGCUCGGGGCUCACUUUGAGCCAGUGGUUCUGGUGUAUCUUCAUUGGGGUCGGAGAGCUGCUUUGGGGCCAGCUCAUCUGCACUGUCCCGACCAGCCAGCUGAAGUUCCUGAAGGAAGCCGGACACGGCAUCACCAAGGAGGAUAUUCCGGAGGAGGAGCUGCCGGAGGACAUGGAUGAGAUUGACCAUGCCGAGAUGGAGCUCCGGCGGGGGCAGAUCCUCUGGUUCCGGGGCCUCAACAGGAUACAGACGCAGAUGGACGUAGUUUACACAUUCCAGACCGGCGCCUCCUCUUUACAGGGAGCCCUCAGGAGACAGCCUUCCAUCGUGAGCCAACACCACGAUGUAAAAAAUGUUUCUAGCCCAACCCAUGUAGCUCUUUCCUCCGUCAAUUCCACUCCUACCACUUCUGCUGCUGCUGCUGCUGCUGCAUCUCCUACUGCGGGCAAUCAAAGUGGUGAAUGCGUUCCGUAGCUCUCUCUAUGAAGGCCUCAAGAAACCCGAAUCCAGAAGCUCCAUUCAUAACUUCAUGACUCAUCCAGAGUUCAUCCUGGAGGAAGAUGAGCCUCGAACCCCCUUCCUCGACAGCGCAGAAGAAGACUCCAAGACUGACGGACUCAAAAACCAAGGUGGGGGUAGCCCAGGUGAAUCCCUCUCCCUCAACCAAAAUAACAAUGCGGUGGACAGCAAUCUAGCCGAGGACACCGUCCCGGAGUCUGAAACCCCCUUAGACAGCUUGGAAUCAUCGGUUUGACCUUUGAACUUUGACCCCUCCCCUUCACGUCCUUCACCUCAAGUCCCGUGUGAUAUCAGCACCGAUAACUGAUAUCGCAGAGCGGUCACUUCAUGUCAACUGCUCAUAUGUAUACUAUUUUGUUCUCCUUUUUAUGAUUUAGUGGCAGGAACCAGAGUACCGUGGGUUGGGGAGAGGAGAGGGAGCAAUUUGUAGUAGGUACUCACCCAGGUGGGAAACAGUCAAGUUGCUAUUUCUUCUCCUUGAGUCGGGUUCCGUGUGUCCAUAGGAUUUUUUUUUUUCCAUUUUGAAAAAUGCAUGUUCAAAGAAAAGGUUCAGAUUAUCUUAAAUAGUCUUACACAAAGGCUCUCCAUCUGCGGGUGUAUGUGGAGUGACUUGGGGAGUCUUUUUUGUUUGUGGGAUUUGACCCCUGAUAAUGUCACACAAGGAGGGAGGACGGGAGAUUUAAAAACUGAACAGGGUGAAAAAAUUGAGUUGUGUUAAAGAGAAGGAAAGGAAGGAAAAAACAAAGAGGUAUGAUCUGCGGAGACUCUGAUGGUUAAAGCGUGCUAACCAGUCUUCCACCUUGAAAAACAUGGUACCUAACCUUUACUAUUUUUCUGUCUUCACAUUUGUCUCUCCCUCUGUUUCCAACAUGCUAACUGUGAUUAAAAACAAAGGAGGCGAGUGAUUUAAGAGUCUUAAAUAUGUUGGCUAAGAUGUGAUUUGGAAAAGACCCUGCUUUGUUACAAAGCCCCGCAAGAGAGGUUGCCGCACAGCUAGGGUGGUUCUCCAAGCACUGCCAUGACUGGAAAUACUAAGUCUUACUUUCUGUGGAUUUCUUUUUUAAAUGCACCUUUUUGCUCUUGAACUGUUGUGCUGUCCGUCGGCAAGAUUUUGAUGGUCCGCGAGAGUCGUGCUGCAUUGAAUAGCAGGUCGUUUCUGAACCACGUUGGUGAAGCAGAGGUGGUUUUGUGCGUUUUUUUUAUGCUGCCAAAUUAAAUAUUCCUCGGCCCCUGGAGCCGAGCAAUCAGCAGCUAAGGUUCAUCCCAAAGAACAUGCCAUGUGUGUACUGCAGAGCCUGGACAUCCUUCGCAAAGUAGUGGCAAUGUCUGGAUGGGAACCACGGGCCGGCUGCUGGUGAAACAGCUGGGGCAACUUAAGGCUACCUAUCCCUGCUGGGUUCUUAGGACAGAGAAAAGAGAAACGGCAGGAGGGGAGGUCAUAUUUGCAGAGGCCGUAUGUGCACAAUCCCAUCAAUGUACAUACCAGUCUCAUGAUGGAAUUGUCCUGUCUGUGUGUUUCUAGGGUUGGAUGAAGCUGUUGGCAAAUAGCCAUUCUCCUGUAACAUGGCUGUCUUAUUCCUGGGAGGCUUCAUGAGAACUUCAAAGGAGGCCGAUAGCUAGGUUUUGCCCCACUCUCCAUUCUUACAAAGGUUCCCUCUCCACGUUAGACCCAAAGUUGCCUGCCAUCUUGCUGAGAUCUUGUGGCACCUACAAACAGAUGCAAGAAAUGAUAAUCCGUGAAGCUAAGGUCGUAGCCAAUGUGACUUACUCUGGAGAAAUCCGUUCCAGGUGUCCUUUGCUAAUUAUUGUUGUCUCUCUUUUGUCUUUUUUGUUUUAAGUUUGUCCCCUGACGUUUAGGCUGUGGCAGGGUGAGAAGUCUGGGCUUCAGCUUUUGGUCAUCUGGGAAGCCACUCAGUUGAAAUAGUUUUGAGCAAACUCACGUGUGAAGACAAGAAAGGGCCAAAUCAUGAACCAUGGGAGAUGCCUGCACCUCCUGUUUAUUUCACUGGCUCCUUUUCUGCCUCUCUUUGGCCCUAGGUUGGUGUCACUGAGGCCUGGUCAACACUAGGACCUUAGUCCAAAUUAACCCCCCCAGAGUUGAUUUUGUAAGCAGUGCAUCCACACUACCAAGUCCUUUAUUCUGGGGCCACGGAAUUCAAACUCUGUAGUCCUGCCUUCCAUGAGGAAUAACUCUAGUCCCGAACUUGUAAGUCCAAAAUAACGUUAGUGUGGAUGCUCCGGUGCCGCUAAUUCGAACUAAUUGGCCUCUGAGAGGCCGCCCACAGAGUGCUUCUUGAGGUUCGAGUCUGAGGUAACGCAACCACGUUAACAGAGCCUGCCUCGGACUAUGUUCGAUUCUUCCCCAGAAGAAUCACAGAACUUCUGAGAACACAGAACUUCAGAUUUGUAAAAUAGGGUGCCCAGAAGUCAAAAUUCAAAAUUGUCUCCUAGUGUAGACCUGGCCUCAAAAAUGCUGUAGGUUACCUUCUUCGCCCUCUUCUCCAACACUUACUCAAUUAAAAGCUGGACCUAGAAGCAAAGAGAAUCCAGUUGCAACUAGCUGUAUGAAAGGAUUUAUGACAAGAAUGGGAUGGGGCUACGGUCGGGCCUCCUUCCCAACAAGCAGAAAUGUGUAAGUGGAUGAUGAGGUUUUUUUUAAGAACGCACAGUGAAAACUCCCGUGCCUUGUCCAAGCACUGCCCGAAGCACCGUCUGCCACGUGGAAUUCCGGUACUUUGCCAAGAAAUAAGUGUUCCUUAACAACAACAACAAAGAUUUUUUUUUUUAAACCCAACACUGACUCAUGCCCUGGGGCUGGGUCUCUUCAUUCCAUCCUGUGUUCAGGGUAGACCGAUGAAAGGUCCUUGCAGGGUCUUCUGCUCCAAAGCUGGUAAAGAGGAAGGGAUGGUAGGCUCCACAAACUGCCAAUACUAAGAAGAAAUCACAGCCACUGUGCAUCUUAAUUGCAAAUCAAAGCCCACUCUUUUCAUCCAGGAAAAACCCACCUGCUUCCUUCAUUCCUUUCAUUCUUCAUGUGAGCUAUAGUGUGGGGGGGCAAUAUUAAGGGGAAAAUACAGCUGUUUCUUGGUCUCUUACAUGACCUAUCUGAUGGGAAAGAGAAAAGGAUUUUUGUUUUUCUGUUCUAAAGCUUACAUUGCUUAAAAGAUCAUUUUUCUAUUUUAAAAACUUGCAAAAAAAUACAACAGAUGAAAAUACGGUGUUCUUAAGCGCUUACAUAAAUAUUUAUUAAAUACUUUUGGGGGACACUGAUUUUGUUUCUUUGAUAUUUUUAUUACCUCAGACCUGUUUAAAAAAAAAAAAACUUUGGGGGGAGGCGGGGAAAACUUUGGAGGCGCUUAAAAAGUCACUCCCAGAGUGUCUGCAACUGGGAGGUUACCAUGAGGGUCUGGUCUACCUUUUUAGUCCAUUUAUUUUUUGUUGUUGUCAUUCUAGUUUCAGUCAUAGGAGGGGGGAAAUAAUUAUAUAUAAAUAUUAUGCAAAAAAUAUAGUUUUCUUUAGAUCAGAAACUGAUAUUUUUAAGUCAGCCAUAUGUAUUUUGUUUAAAGGAAAAAAACAAAGCUGUAAGUCAUGUGUCUGCAAUGGAAUGUGAUCACAUGACAGGCAGUUUAAGGUGACAGGUAACUUAAUGAUUGGACAGACUCCAAUCAACUUCCUUUCUCUGAGCAGCCAUCUUUGUACUAAAAGUUAGUUGGAUUACACAGAAAUGUUUUUUAUAUAAAUUUUGUUGGUAUGGCUGGUUGCUUAAAGUAUAAGCAUUUAUUGUGCAUACUUUUUUAUGUCAAAUAUUUUUUUCUAGUUAGUUUCAGUGAUUAAACUGGCAGCAGCUAACUAUGGCUUAAGUUAUUGAGGAAACUUAAAAUGGGGAGGAAAAAGAGAUGUUGCUUUCAGUGGAAAAGGCAUGGUAGCCUAAAUGAAUUUCUUGGAAUUACUUGCAACAUGCCUUGAAAGAUGGAGGGAUUUUUAUUUAAUUUUUUACUGCCAACAGAAUGAGUGGGGGGAGAAUUAAACAGAUAGUGCCAUGUCAGACAGGAAAUGAAGUAAUCUCCUGUGAUACGUGUUAACUUGCCUUGGAAUGCUGUGUUGUUAAAACACUCUAAACAAUUUUGAAUCCAAUUCUGAAUAGUAAGGUCUGUUUUGUUAUGUUAAAUAAAUUGGCAGAUUGGUACCAAAGAUAUUACAUCACUUCCUGUGUGCAUUGGUGAAUAUCCAUUUUUAGGAGUUUUCAUCAUUGGGGGGUACAUUUAUUUGCACAGGGAUCUGACUUUAAUUUUCCAAGGUUUUGUGCAAUAAGUUUUUAAGGGAAAAGUUAAAACAAAACAAGAAAAAAAACUCCAAAAGGAAAAAUACUAAACUGAAUUUUAGCCAUGGGUAGCUGUGAAAAUAAAUGAGCUGGGGGAGAGGAGAAUACAUCCUUUGAUACAUGUUCAGUCUGUCCCUCAUCUCAAAGCUUUCUCUGUGAGGAGCAGGGACAAUUUGUGGCAGGUGUAACUCUGGAUCACACCAGGGAAGAAGCAAUUCCAAGUCCAUUGCAGACUCCCAUGGCCUUCAGUGUGCUCUGGAUUUGGAUCUCUGAGGAAGAGAUCUUCAGAAAGAUCAGUUACUAGAGUGGCUUCUUCCAGCCUUCCACCAGGCAGGGACUAACUUUUUCAACAGUCGAGGCCUUUGCUUUUCAUGUGUCCCCAGUUUCUGCCUUCACAUGUGUUUUGGGCAAAUGGCUUUGGACAGUUGUCUCUGGGAGCUACGGCCCCAAGAGGAGAGGAAGGGUGAUGGUAGGUUCCAUUUGUGCCAGGAGAAAGUCUUGGAUGACUUCAUCUUCUGCUGUCCCACCUCCUUGUGAGUUCACCAAUCGGCUGAGCUAUCCAUCGGGAUCUCCUGAAAUGCACUCUUGAGUGUUUCACUCCCCCCACACAUCUCCCUGCAGUAUCUCUUGCUGAGCGAAGAACAAGCUAACUAUAGCUGAGAAGCAUAUCACUUUGGCCUGAUAUCAUAACUGACCCUAACUCCUUCAGGCUUACCUGGAAUUUAUGGGUCAAAUACAAUACUGCUUUGUAGCUUUUGCUGUCCUGUUAGUGGUUGUCUCUUUCCCCUGUUCCUUGUCAAUAAUUCUGCCCAUCUCAUCUUACUGGCUGUCUUACCUCUUGUGCUUUAUGCCUCUGAUGUCCCUGCUGGCCUCCCCAAAAAGGGGGCUAUGGUUGGGGUGUUGAGUUCAUUAGCCUUUCAGCAAAGUCCAUGGCUAAAACGGCCUUUAGUUUAUUUCCUACCCCGAAAUAAAUAUAUAUACAACUUCAAAAAUAUACACAUUGUGUGUAUAUAUAUUUAUCUGACUUUCUUUUAAAAAAAACAAACACCAAUAAAACCAAAAUAUUUCUUUUGAAAAGAGCACGCAGGUUUGAAUUUGAGUUUCUUUUUUUCAGUAACUAGUAUAAUAAGCACUGGUAUUUUUGUAUUAAAAAAAAGACAAAAUAAAAGACUGAAUAUUAUGUGGUAUGCAUGACAAUUAAAAACAAUGGUGGUUUCAAAGCAAUAUGUACCCUGGUGUGUUUGCCAUAUUCUAGAAUCCAGCUUAAAGUGCACCUGAUCUGUAUUUGCAUUUUGAUAUUAUUUAAUCUCUAUGUACAAUGUUUUGCAUGUAAUUUAUAGGGUUCUGGGGGAGGAAAAAAAAUACCUUUUUGAUUGAAUUGUCAACUAGCUUCUUCUAGGAAAAUUUGGAACUCAAAGCAUAAAUAAGGCUGUGAUUGGAAAGAAAAAGGGGGGGAACUACACAAAUGGGAAAAAAGGGGGGGGGAGAGAAGAUAAAAGUUUUGAAUCAAUAAAGCUUUUUGCUGUUGAGCAGAAAAAAAUGUGCGAGUGCAUCGAGAGAAUAAAACGUGCCCACACGUAA